CCUGACAACGAACAUCCCGCUUCAUCGUUUCCAACGUCUACUAUACGGUAGUUCUGUAUGCUAUUCUUCAAUAGUCGCUCCAUCCCGCUUCCCUCCGCCCUGCGCCAAGCCCCUGAUUUUCUAGGACACGCGCAUUCUAGAGGCGUCUCAGAAGUGGAGAUUAAUUCACCUGUUACCAGCCACUCCUCGGCCUCCAAGCCGCCGUUAAUCUCGUCCGCCGGCCUCAGCGGUACUAUUUCCCUGCCUCGGUGUCUCGCGAUGGCUCGCCAAUGAAGGCAUUUCACGUGGCUCCAUCCGAUUCGAUGAUAGACUGCAGUCGCCUCAGCUUGCACCGAUCUCAUGGCCGAGUCGCUGAUCUCUCCCAUUCGCCCAGCAGCCACAUCUUGGCCACGUGGCUCUGCUGGAUUUGCGGCAACCCACGGCUCAUCAACCUCAGCCUCUAUCCGUUUGCUUUCGCUU